AACUUGAUCAACCGCGAAUGGGUUUGGACAAGUUCUGCAGUGCGGACGGUUCCGACCCGUUUUGGGAUUGGAACCGUACGUGGCACGUGGGAAACCCAGAUCUGACCCAGUGCUUUCAGAACACAGUGCUGGUAUGGGUCCCCUGUCUCUACCUCUGGGUCUGUGCCCCAAUCUAUUUCCUGUACCUCAAAAGCCAUGACCGGGGCUACAUAUGCAUGACCCACCUCAACAGAGCCAAAACCGCAGUAGCUUUUCUCCUGUGGAUCGUCUGCUGGGCAGAUGUGUUUUACUCUUUCUGGGAAAGAAGCCAACAUGACAGCGGUGCCUCCUCCUCCACCCAGGCACCUGUUUAUCUGGUUAGCCCCACCAUGCUCGGCAUCACUAUGCUGCUAGCCACCCUCCUGACCCAGUAUGAGAGGUUAAAAGGAGUCCAGUCUUCAGGGGUGAUGCUCAACUUCUGGCUGGUGGCCGUCCUCUGUGCUACCGUCACAUUCAGAUCCAAGAUCAUACAAGCCAUCAACGAGCCGUCGACGGUGUGUGUGUUCAGAUACACAACGUUCUACAUCUACUACACACUGCUGCUCAUCUCUCUGCUCCUGUCGGCCCUCUCAGACCAGCCUCCUCUCUUCUCAGAGGCAUCCAAAGACGCUAAUCCCUGUCCUGAGAUCGGAGCUUCCUUUCUGUCCAGAAUCAGCUUCUGGUGGAUCACUGGUCUGAUAGUAACAGGUUAUAAGCGUCCGUUAGAACAGAAGGAUCUGUGGUGUCUGAACUCAGAGGACCGCUCUCAGAGGGUCGUCCCUCAGCUCGUACGCCGCUGGAACAACGAGUGCCUGAAGGUCAAAAGACCGGAGGAGAAGACUCUGUACUCCCCUAAGAAGGCUCCUCGGGGAGAGAGGAAGGAGGGUGUCCCCGUAGAGGAGUCAGAGAUCCUGAUUAUGAAGACACCUCAGAAGACUAGAGAACCCUCUCUGUUCUGGGCCCUCUGUCUCACCUUCGGACCCUACUUCCUCAUCUCUGCACUCUACAAAAUCAUCCAGGACGUUCUUAUGUUCGUGGGGCCGAAUAUACUCAGGUUGCUGAUCCAGUUUGUGAAUGACUCUAGCGCCCCCUCGUGGCAGGGCUACUUCUACACCGCGCUGCUGUUCGUUUGUACCUGUUUCCAGACCCUCAUCCUGCAGAAGUACUUCCAUGUGUGCUUCGUCACGGGAAUGAGGCUACGCACUGCUAUAGUAGGAGCUGUCUACAGGAAGGCUCUGGUGAUCAGUAACGCGGCGCGGCGUACGUCUACAGUGGGAGAGAUCGUCAACCUGAUGUCGGUCGACGCCCAGCGCUUCAUGGACCUCGUCACCUACAUCAACAUGGUCUGGUCUGCUCCUCUACAGGUCAUACUGGCCCUGUACUUCCUGUGGCAGAACUUGGGUCCGUCGGUGCUGGCUGGCGUGGCUGUAAUGGUUCUGAUGGUGCCAAUCAACGGUGUGAUCGCCAUGAAGACCAAAACAUACCAGGUAGCUCAGAUGAAGAGUAAAGACAACCGCAUCAAGCUGAUGAACGAAGUUCUCAACGGCAUCAAGGUGUUGAAGCUGUAUGCGUGGGAGCUGGCCUUCAAAGACAAGGUGUCAGCCAUCAGAGAGAGCGAGCUCCGUGUCCUCAAGAAGGCUGCUUACCUGGGGGCAAUAUCCACCUUCACCUGGGUCUGUGCUCCCUUCCUGGUGGCGCUGUCUACGUUCACAGUGUAUGUGAUGAUAGAUGAGAGGAACGUGCUGGAUGCUCAGAAGGCGUUUGUGUCUCUGGCUCUGUUCAACAUCCUGCGUUUCCCCCUCAACAUGCUGCCCAUGGUCAUCAGCAGCAUGGUCCAGGCCAGUGUUUCUAUGAAACGUCUGUGUGUGUUUCUGUCUCAUGAGGAGCUGCAGGAGGACAGUGUGGAGCGCAGGGCUGUAGCAGGCUCCUCAGACAGUAUCUCCAUUGAGGACGGGGUGUUCAGCUGGUCUAGAAACGACGCCCCCACUCUGAAGAGGAUGAGUGUACGUAUCCCAGAUGGGUCUCUGGUAGCUGUGGUGGGACACGUUGGCUCAGGGAAAUCCUCUCUGCUCUCUGCUCUGCUGGGGGAGAUGGAGAAACUAGAGGGAUCUGUCUCUGUCAAGGGCUCUGUGGCCUAUGUACCUCAGCAGGCGUGGAUCCAGAAUGCCACCCUGAAAGACAACAUAGUGUUUGGUCAGGAGAGGAAGGAGAGCUGGUACCACAGAGUGGUGGAGGCCUGCGCCCUGCUGCCAGACCUGGAGAUCCUGCCUGCUGGAGACGGCAGUGAGAUCGGGGAGAAGGGUGUGAACCUGUCAGGGGGUCAGAAGCAGAGGGUCAGUCUGGCCAGGGCGGUCUACUGCGACUGUGCUGUCUAUCUAUUGGACGAUCCUCUGUCGGCGGUCGACGCCCACGUGGGCAAACACAUCUUCGAAAAGGUUAUCGGGCCCCAGGGCGUCCUCAAGGACAGGACUCGUGUCCUGGUGACCCACGGUCUGAGCUUCCUGCCCCAGGCAGAUCUGAUCCUGGUGAUGGUGGAGGGAGAGAUCACUGAGAGGGGCUCCUACCUGGAGCUGAUGGCACGUGACGGGGCCUUCGCUGAGUUCCUCAGGACUUACGCCAACAAAGAGCAGGAAGAUGACGAAUCAGACUCUGCACCAAAGAGAGGACUGGAGAAUGGACUUCCUGCUGCUGUGAUUGGUCAGAACCAUACCAGUACUUCAGCAGUGAGGACAGAAGGAGAGGUCCUGGGGAAGAAGGCCAAGAACGCUGAGGUGGGGAGAAUCACAGAGGCUGACAAGGCCAACACCGGACGGGUGAAGUUGUCAGUAUUCUGGGAGUAUAUGAAGGCUAUAGGGGUGGUGUUGUCCUGCGUCAGUAUCUUCCUGUUCUUCAGUCACCACUUCGCCUCUCUCUUCUCUAACUACUGGCUCAGUCUGUGGACUGACGACCCAGUCGUCAACGGAACCCAGCCCAGCAGAGAGAUGAGACUGGGGGUGUACGGAGCUCUGGGGGUUUCACAGGGCAUAGCUGUGUUCUGCUACUCCAUCUCUGUGUCUAUGGGUGGUAUAUUAGCAUCCCGCUACCUCCACCAGUCCAUGCUGUACAACGUACUGCGCUCCCCCAUGUCCUUCUUCGAGCGCACCCCCAGCGGUAACCUGGUGAACCGCUUCGCUAAGGAGACAGACACCAUCGACUCUGUCAUCCCAAGUAUCAUUAAGAUGUUCAUGGGCUCCAUGUUCAACGUAGUAGGAUCCUGUGUGGUUAUACUGAUGGCUACUCCACUAGUGGCUAUUAUCAUACCUCCUCUGGGGAUACUCUACUUCUUUGUCCAGCGUUUCUACGUGGCGUCGUCUCGUCAGUUGAAGCGUCUGGAGUCAGUCAGUCGCUCCCCGGUCUACACGCACUUUAACGAGACGUUGCUAGGCACCAGCGUCAUCCGAGCCUUCGGGGAGCAGGAACGCUUCAUCAGGGAGAGCGACGGUCGAGUUGACCACAACCAGAAAGCAUACUACCCCAGCAUCGUAGCCAACCGGUGGCUGGCGGUGCGUCUGGAGUUUGUAGGGAACGGUAUCGUAAUGUUUGCUGCUCUGUUUGCUGUGAUGGCUAGAGAGAGCCUCAGCCCUGGGAUCAUGGGCCUGUCCAUCUCAUACGCGCUACAGCUGACGGCCUCUCUGACCUGGCUAGUGAGGAUGUCAUCAGAUCUGGAAACCAACAUUGUGGCCGUGGAGAGAGUCAAGGAGUACGAAGACACAGAGAAAGAGGCGGACUGGAGACAUGACCAAUCGUCUCUGCCUCCAGGCUGGCCCACAGCAGGCAACAUAGACAUCAGAGGGUUUGGUCUGCGAUACAGAGAGGACCAGGAACUGGCCGUACGCAACAUCACCGUAGCCAUCCACGGAGGAGAGAAGGUGGGUAUAGUAGGUCGUACAGGAGCAGGGAAGUCCUCUCUGACUCUAGGAUUGUUCCGCAUCAUCGAGGCGUGUGAGGGAGAGAUUCAUAUAGAUGGAGUUAACAUCGCUACGCUGGGUCUACAUGAACUCCGCUCCAGGAUCACCAUCAUACCACAGGAUCCAGUGCUGUUCUCUGGGUCUCUGAGGAUGAAUCUGGACCCCUUCGAUGGCUACUCUGAUGAGGAGGUGUGGAGAGCACUGGAGCUCUCCCAUCUCAAGAGCUUUGUGUCGGGCCUGCCGGACAAACUCAACCACGAGUGUUCAGAGGGGGGAGAGAACCUCAGUCUGGGUCAGCGCCAGCUGGUGUGUCUGGCCCGAGCCCUCCUGAGGAAGACGAAGAUCCUGGUUCUGGAUGAGGCCACGGCUGCUGUGGACCUGGAGACAGACAACCUGAUCCAGUCCACCAUCAGAACCCAGUUUGAUGACUGCACUGUCCUGACCAUCGCACACAGACUCAAUACUAUCAUGGACUACACCAGAGUGCUGGUCCUGGAUAAAGGGGAGAUGGCAGAGUUUGACUCUCCCUCCACUCUCAUCACCAAGAGAGGAAUCUUCUACAAGAUGGCUAAAGACUCAGGACUGGUCUGAGGGGCGAACGGGAGAGGACAGGCGCUUAAAAACAACAUCCCUCCUUACAGAGAGCUCCUCCUCCAACUCCCUCUUCCUCUCCUCCGACCGGGAGGCUGUGCAGGGAAGAGGUAGCAGAGAGAGAGGAGAUUUCUAAAGAUUUCAAUGUUUCUGACUGAUAAGUGUGUAUAAAUUAUGGGAGCACUUUACCUCCACUCCAUCCCUCCGUCUACUUCUCCACUCCAUCCCUCCGUCUACUUCUCCACUCCAUCCCUCCGUCUACUUCUCCACUCCAUCCCUCCGUCUACUUCUCCACUCCAUCCCUCCGUCUACUUCUCCACUCCAUCCCUCCGUCUACUUCUCCACUCCAUCCCUCCGUCUACUUCUCUCUCCAUCCCUCCCUCUACUUCUCCCUCCAUC